ACGAUAGCUUAUCUCGUGACCAACAUAUACAUCAGUCUAGCGCUGAGACCAAAUUACUUAAGUAUAUGUUUUUCGGCAGCUAAACGCGUACUCAAUAGUAUUUUAUUAUGUUUGUUAUUCUAAAUUUAAUUAGUGCAGCUCAGUGACUACUAAAUAAAUAACAAUGAGUAAACCCUCGUUUCAAAGAUCUGCUAGUACAUAUUACAAUACUAAUUAUCAAUACACAAUAGUUCAAAAUAAGGAAAAUGAUGGAGCUAAAAUGCACGGUUCUCGACGAGUAAUAACAUUUUGUUUCCUGACUGCAGUCUUACCAACGAUACUCAUAGUCCUGCCUUUGUAUCUAAGGAACAUGAAAUACGCUGAUGUGUUGUACCGAAUAUCAGAUUCAGACGUUAUUCAGAUACAUAAAGGUCAAUCUUCGAUAUUCUGUGAGAAACAUACGUUACGAAUGAACUCUACAUUUAAUGCUUUCCAAAUGACAGGUAGACCAGAACUAUCUGAAAUAAGGAAACAUAUUAAACUGAGAAAAUCAAUGACUCUACCUGAUGAUACUUUGGAAUACUGGGGAUUUUAUCUUUUCAAAGGAGCAACAGUAGAACUAAAGGCAUGUUCUCGAUAUGAAGGUGCAAAGAUAUUAGUUGUAAAAGGUGAGAAAAAACUAAAUACUUGUGGAAUAUUAGAGGGUGACAAAUAUAAGAAGUCUCAUCCAGUUGAUGGAAGCCAAGGGAAUGUUUUAGUAACAUUAGAAGAUCCAAAGGAGAAGAAAGACAAAUCAAAAUUGAGAGUGUACCAAAAUAUAAAUGAAAAUAUAGAAUGGUUAGAAAAACAUGACUUUAUUGAAAACAAUACCAUCAAUGAAAAUGAAAUUGUAUCUUUCGAGAAUAACUCAACUGAUGUUAGUAAAAGACUAUACCUCAAAUUACGAGAAAAACGAAAUACCAAAGUGCACAAUCCUAAUACUGUAUUGGACACUGGAGUGCAUCAUGGUGGAAAUGCCUUCAAUGGAACAACAAACACCCCACUGGACAGUGUGUCCAGUUUCGAGAACACAUUACAUGAGUGUUACCGCAAUAACAUACUUAUGAGCAAUUCCAAAAAUGCCUUUCCAUACUCAAUUCUUUGCAAUAGCACAAACUAUUUAGAGAAAACCACUACCCUCAAAGUGAAACAUGAUGUAGUCCUUGAUGGGUAUUACUAUUAUAUCUUUUAUAGUGAUAAUGAUUUUGUUUUGAAUGACAUCCAUUCCAUUUUUGAUAUUUAUAAGCCAACAUUCCAAUAUGUAAACAUGUCUGAUUCAAAAGUUUGCAUAAAUAAAACAGAGUGUGUGUUUGAUGUAGAUUUUUUCAGUGAUGAAUUGGUUAUUGUUGAAGUGCCUACUGAGGACGGCUUAACUUUUGAUGAUGAUAACUCUUCAAUUCUGGUAUCAGUAUGCCACCCCCGAGUUUCUGUAUACAUAAUUUUUCCUAUAUCUGUUCUCCUAAUGAUUUUACUCUUCGCAUUUUUAUGAUACUUGUUAAAAAUUGUAUUCCAUUACUUUUUAAUCAAAUUGAACAUUACCAGAAGUGUGAUAUUAAUAUACUAAGCUAGUGUUUAAGGAUAAUACAUAAUAUGUAUAUAUUAGUGUUGGUGUUAUUUAAAGUGAAUAAAUAUUAAUUGAUGAUUAAGUAAAA